CCAGUGCGGAAAUAAGCGUCCACUAAUGCGCCAGCUGGGUGUCAGGUUUUACGCAUGGCGUCCGCCAAACGGGACGGGGCCCCGCCGCGGAGAGCCACCUCCUAACAUCCUACUAUUUAGAGGUGGGAAUGCUCCGGCACCCAGCACCCCCACCCUCUUGCACACCUGCUCAGCUCCGUCUGCCCCUGUCUGACAGACCGGCCAGUCCUCCUCCUCCUCCUGCCCUAGUCCUCCCUGUCUUCACCGGAGUUCGGAUCCUGUGUGUCCACACAUUGCGCUCUACCUUUGGCUGAUAGUUCUGGAUUUGUAUUUUGGGUGUGUUCCCCUCCUCCUGGUGGAUUUAACCUGUUAGACACCCUCACCCCGCACAUACAGCCUAACUUUUUUACACUUGGUGCCCUGUUAUCGAUGGCGGAGGGUGUGCGCCCCGAGGACUACUGCGACGAGCCGGUGGAGGACGAGUUUGGAGAGAUCAUCAAGUGUCGAUCAGAUGAAAGAGAAGACGUUCAGAAGAAGACUUUCACAAAAUGGGUAAACUCACAGUUGGCUAAGACAAGGAAACCGCCUGUGGAGGAUCUGUUCUCAGACCUGUGUGAUGGACGACGCCUGCUGGAGCUGCUGGAGGGGCUGUCAGGACAUGAGCUGGUGAGGUUGGAGAAAGGAUUCACGCGUGUUCACUCGCUCAACAAUGUCAACCGUGCUCUGCAGAUUUUGCAGAAGAACAAUGUUGAAUUGGUGAAUAUCGGAGCGGCAGACAUCGUUGAUGGGAAUCACAAACUGAUUCUCGGGCUCAUCUGGAGCAUCAUUCUCCACUGGCAGGUAAAGGAUGUGAUGAAGGAUGUGAUGGCGGGCCUACAGCAGACCAACAGUGAGAAGAUUCUGCUGAGUUGGGUUCGUCAGAACACACGCCAGUAUCCUCAGGUCAACGUGGUUAACUUCUCCAGUAGCUGGAAUGAUGGAUUGGCCUUCAAUGCCCUCAUCCACAGCCACAGACCUGAGCUUUUUGAUUGGAGCUCAGUGGAGAAGAAGACGUCUGCGAUCGACAGACUGGAACACGCCUUUAAUAAGGCAGAACAACACCUGGGGAUAGAGAGACUGCUGGACCCUGAGGAUGUGGCUGUGCCUCACCCUGACAAGAAGAGUGUCAUCAUGUACGUGACGUCACUCUUCCAAGUGCUACCCCAAAGCGUUUCCAUGGAAGCCAUCAAGGAGGUGGAGACGCUGCCGCGGGCAGCCGUAGCCAGCGCCGCCCGGGUGACGACAGAGGAGCACUACCAGAUCCAGACCCAGCAGCGCUUCUCCCAGCAGAUCACAGUGAGUGUGGCUCAGGGGCGAGUGCGGAGUCCCUCCCCUCAGCCUCGCUAUAAAAGCUAUGCCUACACCCAGGCUGCAUAUGUCAAGUCGCCCGAGCAAAAGAGGAGGCGUUUUACUGAUCAGUUCCUAACUCCCGGGCAGGAGGAGCUACAGCGGGGCCUCAGUCCUCUGCCUCCAGGCUCCACCAGCCUGGAGAGCUAUCAGGCUGCACUGGAGGAGGUGUUGACAUGGCUGCUGUCGGCUGAAGAUGGGCUCCAGGGUCAGCCUCCCAUCUCCAACAAUGUGGAGGAGGUGAAGGAGCAGUUCCACACACACGAGGGGUACAUGGUGGAGCUCACCACCCACCAGGGCAGCGUGGGGCGGGUCCUCCGGGCCGGCGCUGCCUUGCUGGGGGAGGGGAACCUGAGCGAGGAGGAGGACUCGGAAGUCAGGGAGCAGAUGAACCUCCUAAACUCCCGAUGGGAGCACCUGAGAGUGGCUAGCAUGGAAAGACAGACCAGACUCCACGAGGUCCUGAUGGACCUGCAGCACCAGCAGCUGCAGCAGCUCACAGACUGGUUGGAUGUGACAGAGGCACGUAUCAAGAGGAUGGGGGCUCAACCACUGGGUCCUGACCUGGAGGAUGUCAAGCACCAAGUGGAAGAACACAAGCUCCUGCAGGAGGACCUGGAGCUGGAGCAGGUGAGGGUGAACUCUCUGACCCACAUGGUGGUGGUGGUGGACGAGAGCAGCGGAGACAGCGCCACAGCCGCCUUGGAGAGCAAACUUCAGGUGCUAGGUGAUCGCUGGGCAGCCAUUUGUAGAUGGACAGAAGAACGCUGGAUUCUGCUUCAGGAGAUUUUACUGAAAUGGCAGCACUUCACUAAUGAACAGAGUUUGUUUGACUCCUGGCUGACUCAGAAGGAGGAGCUGGUUCGCUCCAUUAAGACCUCCAACCUGAAAGAGCAGGCAGAGAUGGUGGCGUGCCUCCGCCGUCUUGCUACGGUGAAGGCAGACCUGGAGGUGAAGCGUCCCACCAUGGACAAACUGUGCUCCAUGAGUCAGGACCUGCUGUCCAGUGUCAAGAACAAAGAUGUGGCCAGCAAACUGGAGGCCAGACUGGACAGCUUCGCCCAGCGCUGGGACCGACUGGUCCAGAGUCUGGAGAUGAGCAGCUCCCAGCUCUCGACGGCAGUCACCGUGUCCCAGCAGUCCGAGCUGACCCACUCUGUCACAGCGACCGUUACCAAGGUGACGACAAGGGAGAAGGUGUCCGCUGUGCGCCAGCCCCGAGAGUCGCCGCCACCACAGAAGAAGAGACAAGUCGUGGUGGAUUCUGAACUCAGGAAAAGGUUUGACGUGGACUUCACAGAGGUCCACAGCUACAUGACCCGUGGCGAGGCCAUCCUACAGAGCCCCGAGUUUUCUGUGUCACGCAAAGACGGCAGCAUUCAGGAGCUGCAUGACAAAGUUCAGGCGAUUGAAAGAGAGCGGCCAGAGAAGUACCGAAAGCUUCAGGAGGCAACACGCACGGCACAGACCCUGUUCGAGCAGGAGGGGAGUCGGGCUGAUGACAUUGCCCAGGCAGCGGAGCAGCUGAACCAGCGCUGGGUGGGAUUUUGUGCCCUGUUGGCAGAGAAGCUGGCAUGGCUGACUUACCAGGCCAAGGUGCUGGCCUUCUACAGCUUGUAUGAGCAGUGUGAGCAGGCCGUGGACAACAGUGAGAACUGGCUCAAAGUCCAGGCGCCACCGGCAUCCGAACCAGAACCACUCAAAGUACAACUGGACCGAUGUCGGGAGGAGGUGGCUCGCCUGGCUGCCCUGCAGCCCCAAGUGGACCUCCUGGAGAAGCGGCUGAAGGAGCUGAAGGAGGAGAAGGAAGGGGAGGAGGACCCUUCAACAAUACUGGACGCCGACAUAGACGCUUUCAAAGAGCACUACCACCAGGUCCUGGAGGAUCUGAGGGCGAGAGAGAGGCAGCUACACCUGGUUCUGGAGAGUUUGCCCCCGGCUCGUUAUAAGGAAACGAUAUCGACACUGUUGGCAUGGUUACAACAGUGCGAGGCCAAGCUGGCCAUCCCAUCCACGGCCGUUACAGAGUAUCCUAUUAUGGAACAGAGGCUGAAGGACGUUCAGACCCUUCAGGUGGCUCUGACUGAACACCAGGGGGAGGUGGACUACCUGACCUCGGCUGUGGAGCAGGUCUUCCAGAAAGCUCCUCCAGACAUCUGCCAGAAGUAUCGCACUGAGAUGGACUCCAUCAUGGCGCGUUGGAGACGAAUUGGCACCACGCUGACAGAAAACGCCCAGAGAAUCCAGGAGCUCAUGGCUAAACUCUUGCAGUUUGAGAACGAUGUGAAGACUUUAAAGAAAUGGAUGGCAGAUGUGGAUGUGUUCCUAAACGAGGAAUGGCCAGCACUGGGAGACUCUGAAGCUCUGGAGAAACAGUUAGAGCAGUGCACGGCUCUGGUGAAUGACAUUCACACCAUCCAACCCAGCGUCAACGGCAUCAACGAAGUGGGCCUGUACCUAAAGAAAGAGGCCGAGCCGCCGUUUGCCAUCUACAUCCAGAAAUUACUGGACGAACUCAAUGGCCAGUGGGAGAUGGUCUGCAAACAGGCCUAUGCUAAGAAGUCCGCUCUGAAAGGCGGCCUUGAUAAGACCAUGGCUCUGAGGAAAGAGAUGCAGGAGAUGCAGGAGUGGAUCAACCAGGCCGAGGAAGACUACCUGGAGAGAGACUUCACAUACAAAACACCGGAGGAGCUACGCAAGGCUGUGGAGGAGCUCAAGAGGGCUCAGGAAGAAGUCCACUCCAAGGAGCUGAAGGUCAAACUCCUGACUGACAGUGUCAACAGUUUCAUCGCCAAAGCUCCACCAACGGCCCACGAUGCCUUGCGUUCUGAACUGGACGUGUUGACGGCCAACUACCAGCGUCUGUGUAGCAGGCUGGAUGGGAAAUGUAAAACUUUGGAGGAGGUGUGGGCGUGCUGGUGUGAGUUGCUCUCCUACCUGGAGCAAGAGAACGCCUUCCUCGACCAACUGGAGCAGAAACUGGACGAGACGGACAACCUCCAGGGAGGAGCGGAGGAGCUGCAGGAGGCGUUGGAUAGUCUAGAGGUUCUUCUGCGGCACCCAGAGGACAACAGGAACCAGAUUCGGGAGCUGGCCCAGACGCUGAUGGACGGAGGUGUUCUGGAUGAACUGAUACAGCAAAAACUGGACGCUUUCAACACACGAUGGGACGAACUUAUGGCCAGGGCGGCGCUCAGGCAGAAGGAGCUGGAGAAGAGCAUCCAGUGGGCCCAGGAGAAUGACAAGACGCUGAGGCAGAUGCAGGAGGCGCUGGCCAACACCGACCGCCACCUCACUUCGUACCUGACUGACCACAUCGAUGCCCAGCAGAUACCGCAGGAGGCCCAGAAAAUCCAGACGGAGCUGAGUGGCCAUGAUGCGACCUUGGAGUCCAUGAGGAAGAAGAACCAGGACAAAGAGCCGUCCCACAGGAUCAUGGGACAGAUAGACCUUACCCAGAAAAUGCUGACAGACGUGUGGACGAAGUUCCGGCUCUUCCAGAAGCCGGCCAACUUUGACGCUCGGCUGGCCGAGUGUGAGCGUGUGCUGACCGGGGUGAAAAACCAGGUGGGGUUGCUGGAAAUCGGAAGCGUGGAGCAGGACGUGGUGCAGUCACAGCUGGAGCAGUGCAUGAAGUUGUACAAGGUGCUGAGCGAAGUGAAAGGGGAGGUGGAGACGGUGAUAAAAACAGGCAGACAGAUCGUCCAGAAGCAGCAGACUGAGCAGCCCAAAGAACUGGACGACAGGGUGACCGCCCUCAAGCUGCUCUACAAUCAGAUGGGGUCACAGGUGACAGAGAGUAAACUGGAGCUGGAGAAAAGUCUGAAGUUGUCCAGGAAGUUGCGUAAGGAGCUGAACGGGCUGACGGAGUGGCUCGCCGCCACUGACGCUGAGCUGACCAGGCGCUCUGCCGUGGACGGUAUGCCCAGUGACCUGGAGGCUGAGGUGGCGUGGGCGCAGUCCAUCCACGGGGAGACGGAGAAGCGUCAGCCGCAGCUGCAGGCCGUGGUGGAGCUCGCCGAGGCUCUCAAGGCGGUGCUGCGGGGCAACGGGGGCCUGGUGGACGACAAAGUCAGCCUGCUGCGAUGCAACUGGAUCGCAGUCACAUCGAGAGCAGAAGAGUGGCUCAACCUGCUGCUGGACUACCAGCGGCAGAUGCAGAAGUUGGAUGGACAGAUUAAGGAAGUGAAUGGAUGGAUCGACGGAGCAGAGAAAAAGAUGAACGAGAUGGACAGCCAGGGACCAAACGACGCUGUGCUGAAGGUGUUGCGUGCCGAGCUGGAGCUGACGAAGGGUAAGAUGGAGGAGGUGAGGGCUCUGGCCCAGGAGCUCAUGUCCACCAGGGGGGAGAACUGCCAGGCUCAGGUGGGACCCAAAGUGGAGCAGCUCAACCAGAGAUUUGACAUCAUCGCACAACGCAUCGCCUCUGGACUGACGGCAGCAACAGCCAAGGAACUGGAGCAGUACCACAGUGAAGCACAAAUCUGGCUGGAGCUCCUGGAGGAGGAAGUCAAACAGGGGGAAAACCUCCAGGAGGAGGACUUCCAAGAAGACAAGGACUGUGAAGAAGGUGCAGUGAAGGAGUUACUGUUGAAAGGAGAGAAUCUACAGAAGAGGGCCCCAGAUCAGGACAAGAGAGAGCAGAUCAGACAGAAGCACAACCAGCUCAACAGCAAGUACAACACCGUCAAGGACCUGCGUGUACUGAGGAACAGGAAGGCGUUGGCCAUCGCUCCCCAGUGGUACCAGUACAGGAGGAAGUCACAUGAUUUGCUGGCCUGGUUGGACGACAUCCAACGCAGUGUGGACCAGCUGCCUGACCCCCCUGAAGGAGAGAGGGUCAAGGAAAUUGGCUCAGAGUUCGACAAGAAGAAGGAGGAGCUUAAGGAGGUGCAGGGCUUAGCCAAUCAGCUCUCAGCACUUAGAGCCGCCAGUCUAGUGGAGCCCCGCCAACUCAAGCUCAACACCCGCUGGGCUGAGGUGGAGGGCAAGUUCAUACCCUUCAAAAGACAAUGUGACUACCUAACAGAGCUGCAGGCGUUGCUGCGUUCAGUGUCAGAGACGGACUUCAAGCUGAACUCUCCUGAAUACUGGCCUGCAGCGUAUUAUAACCUGCCUCAGCAAGAGCACUGCCUGAAGGAAGUGAAGGUGAGCAUCGACAAGCUGCGAGGCCCAGUGGAGGGAGCGCUGGCCCGCAGGGAGGAGAUGGUGUCUGGGGCUCGGCCUCUGGAGGGCCAGAGGAUCCAGGAGAGCGCCACCCUCCUCAAUACCAACUGGGACAAACUGAACAAGCUCUACCAGGACAGACUGAAGCGUUGGCAGGAUUGCAACUCCAAGUGGCAGAAGCUUGUUUCGGAUCAGAAAGCACUGGAGGAGUGGCUGAGUGACGCUGAGAGCACUUUGAAACUGGUCGAGAGUGAGCCAGCAGCACACAGACAGCACCUCAGGGACCUGACAGAGGCCAUACCUAUCCAGGAAGUGGUGUUGGGCAGAGUAAACUCCGCAGGAGAGGACAUCAGCCAGUUGAGCACACCAGACGACGCCUUGCGGCUCCGAACGCAGCUCAGAUUACUCAACACUCGCUGGGCUAACGUCUGCCAGCAGCUCAAUGAGCACAAGAGGAGGUCUGCAGAGGGGCGUACGGCCGCUGCAGAGCUGCAGGAGAACAUGGGCUCCAUGCUGGGUUGGUUGGACAAAGCGGACGGCAUCCUGGCCAUCCCCCUUCAGCCUGCAGAGCCACAGCACAUCAGAGACACUCUGGGCAAAGUCCAGGCACGUGUGGAGGAGCUUCCUGCCAAGAAGGCGGCGAUGGAGGAUCUGAACUCCAGACACAAACAGAUAACACUUCCUGCUGACAGACAGAAAGACAUCAGGAUCAUCAACAGUCGCUGGGCUCAGGUGUCCAAGGCUUUGCCUGAGCGCCAGCUGGAGAUCGAGGGUCUGCUGAGGGAGUUGGAGAAGCUUCAGGGUCAGCUGGACGACCUGUCAGGCUGGGCAUCCAGCACCAGAGCCAAACUAGAGCACAGCUCAGAGGAGCCACCACCCAGGCUCAUUGAAGAAGUACAAGUAAAGCAGCCAGAGGUAGAGUUUGUUUUAGAGCGAGCCGAUCAACUAUACAAGGACAGUCCUCCCAGCCAAGCAGACAAGGUGAAGUAUGUCAAGCUAAAAGAAGACUGGACAGUGAUCCUGGAGCUGGUGCGGCUGCAUAAGGAGAGGAUGGCUGCUCUGCUCGUAGCCAAAAAAACCAAUGAAGGUCUGACAGGAAGUUCCCAGCCUGAAUCUGCGGCGUUGGCUCAGUUCAACAAGUCUUGGGCUGAGCUCACUGAUUGGCUGACCAUGCUGGAUAACAUGGUGCAGAACAAGCGUGUGGUGGUGGCUGACCUGGACGACAUCAACGACAACAUCCGGAGGCUGAAGGCAUCUCUGCAGGAGUUGGAACAGCGGCGCCCCCUGCUGGAGAGACAGGUCACAGCUGCCCAGAACCUGAAGAACAAAACCAGCAACCAGGAUACCCGCAACGCUAUCACUGAACGCAUUGACAGGCUUCAGACUCACUGGGAAGACUCUCAGACCAAACUCUCUGACAGGACGAAGCAGCUCCACAACAUGCUGCAGGACUCCACCGAUUGGCUGGAUGCCAAAAAGGGAGUGGAUCAUCUCAUCAAGCGGGCCAGUGAGAGGCUGGAGUCCUGGCAGGAGAUCACGUACACAGUGGACGCGCUGAAGAAACAAAACGCUGAACUGAAGCUCUUUGUCAGGGAGCUGCAGCAGUGGCAGGGUCAGGUGGAUGAAACCAACGCGCUGGCUGACAAACUGCUAACUCUGUACGCCAACGACGACACGCAUAAGGUGACCCAGGUCAACGACAACAUGGUGGCCACCUGGACACACAUCAGCAAGCGUGUUUCGGACAGGGAGGCGGCUCUGGAGGCAGCUCUAAAGCUGAUGCAGAAUUUCUACCUCGACCUGGAGAAGUUCCUCAGCUGGCUGACGGAGGCCGAGACGACAUGCAACGUUCUAAUAGAUGCCACCAACAAGGAGAGACUUCAGGAGCAGCCAGCGGCCAGGAACCUGCUAGUACAGUGGAAGGACCUCCAGGCAGAGAUUGACAGCCACACAGAGCUGUAUCACUCCCUGGAUGAGAACGGCCAGAGGAUUGUGACCUCGCUGGGGGAUUCGGAAGACGGCGCUCUGCUCCAGAGACGCCUGAACAAUAUGAGCCAGCGCUGGAACGACCUGCGCAAAAAGACCCUCAGCAUGAGGGCCCACCUGGACUCAGAGAUGGCCCCGUGGAAGAGGCUCCACAUGUCGCUGCAGGAGCUGCUCAACUGGCUGAGGCUUAAAAGUCAACAGCUGGAGCAGGAGCCGCCUGUAGGGGGCGAUGUCCCCGCCGUGCAGACACAGCUGGACACACACCGGGGAUUCAGGAGGGACUUGAGAGCUAAGGAGCCGGUUGUGACCAAGGCUCUGGACGAUGUGGGAAUCUUUCUGUCAGAGCUGCCCCGAGAUACACCAUCACCUGAGAAGAGAGACAUCAGCCCGGAGGAGCGUGCCCAGAACGUGGGGCGAGUCCUGCGCAAAGAAGCCGACGACGUUAUAUUCAGGUGGGACAAGCUCAGCGCCGACUCGUCCGAGUGGCAGAGGAGGCUGGAGCUGGCUCUGGAUCGACUGAUGGAGCUCCAGGAGGCAGAGGACCUGCUGGAUGGACAGCUGAGGCAGGCCGAGAUGGUGAAGGAGGCGUGGGAACCUGUUGGUGACCUGCUGAUCGACUCGCUGCCGGAGAACAUUGAGAGAGUCAAGGAGUUCCAGGAAGAGAUUGCUCCGAUAAAGGACGACGUAACACACAUGAACCAGCUUGCGUCCACUUUCGGUCCACACGAUAUCCAGCUGUCACCUAGCAACCUGGAACGUAUUGAUGAUCUCAACACACGCUGGAGGCUGCUCCAGGUUACCGUGGAUACGGGGAAAAGCAACUCAGGCAGAAAUGGAUUGGGUGAGGUGGACUCGAAGAUGUCCAUCUCGGAACACCUAAAGCAGCUGACGGACGCUCACAGGGACUUUGGCCUUCUGCACGCAGGAUCUGUAGAGAGUCCCUUCGAGCAGGGCGUCUCCCCAAACAACGUGCCAUACUACAUCAAAGAGAAAGCUGGACCUGACCCGAGGACCGAGACGCUCCACCAGACCCAGACAACAUGCUGGGAUCAUCCCAAGAUGGCCGAGCUUUACCAGUCUCUGGCCGACCUGAACAACGUUCGAUUCUCUGCCUACCGAACAGCCAUGAAGCUCCGACGCCUGCAGAAGGCGCUCUGCUUGGAUCUGGUGAGCAUGCCGAUGGCGUGCGAGGUGUUCGACCAGCACGGCCUGAAGCAGAACGAGCAGCUGCUGGACAUCUCCCAGCUGGUCACCUGUCUGACCAGCCUGUACCAGCGGCUGGAGCAGAGCCACUCGCACCUGGUCAACGUCCCGCUGUGCGUCGACAUGUGCCUCAACUGGCUGCUCAACGUCUACGACACUGGUCGCACUGGAAAGAUCCGGACUCUGUCAUUCAAAACUGGAAUCAUCUCACUCUGCAAGGCUCACCUGGAGGAUAAAUAUAGAUUCUUGUUCAGACAGGUCGCCAGCGCAACGGGUUUCUGCGACCAGCGUCGCCUGGGCCUCCUCCUGCACGACUCCAUCCAGAUCCCCCGGCAGCUCGGCGAGGUCGCAUCUUUCGGCGGCUCCAACAUCGAGCCCUCCGUCCGCAGCUGCUUCCAGUUUGCCAACAACAAACCAGAGCUGGAAGCUGCCAUGUUCCUGGACUGGAUGCGUCUGGAGCCUCAGUCCAUGGUGUGGCUACCCGUCCUGCACCGUGUGGCCGCGGCCGAGACCGCCAAGCACCAGGCCAAGUGUAACAUCUGCAAGGAGUGUCCCAUCAUAGGAUUCAGAUAUCGCAGUCUGAAACAUUUCAACUAUGACAUUUGCCAAAGCUGCUUCUUCUCCGGUCGCGUCGCCAAGGGACAUAAGAUGCAGUACCCCAUGGUGGAGUACUGCACUCCGACUACAUCAGGAGAGGAUGUCAGGGACUUUGCCAAGGUGCUGAAGAACAAGUUCAGGACCAAGCGCUACUUCGCCAAACACCCACGCAUGGGCUACCUGCCUGUCCAGACCAUCCUGGAGGGAGACAACAUGGAAACUCCUGUCACUCUGAUCAACUUCUGGCCCGUAGACCAUGCGCCCGGAUCGUCCCCUCAGCUCUCACAUGACGACACACACACUCGGAUCGAGCACUACGCCAACCGGUUAGCGGAAAUGGAGAAUCGUAAUGGCUCUUAUCUGAAUGACAGUAUCUCACCCAAUGAGAGCAUUGAUGACGAGCACAUGUUGAUCCAGCACUACUGCCAGUCUCUGAACCAAGGCUCUCCUCUCAGCCAGCCCCGCAGCCCCGCCCAGAUCCUCAUCUCCAUGGAAACGGAGGAGAAAGGAGAGCUGGAGAGGGUCCUCAACGACCUGGAGCAGGAGAACAGGAAGCUACAGUCCGAGUACGACCGUCUAAAGAAGGCACAUGACAGGAAGGGCCUGUCUCCUCUGCCGUCGCCCCCGGAGAUGCUCCCGGUGUCGCCGCAGAGCGCACGCGACGCCGAGCUCAUCGCCGAGGCCAAACUGCUGCGGCAGCACAAAGGACGCCUGGAGGCCCGGAUGCAGAUACUGGAGGACCACAACAAACAGCUGGAAUCCCAACUGCACCGGCUCAGACAGCUGCUGGAGCAGACGGAUUCCAAGGUGAACGGCACAGCUCUGUCCUCUCCUUCCACCUCCUCUCAACGCUCUGACUCCUCCCUCCCUCUGCUGCGUGUGGCCGCCAGCCAGACUACUGAUACAAUGGGUGAUGACGAGCUGUCCAGCCCUUCCCAAGAUGCAUCUGGGCUGGAGGAAGUGAUGGAGCAACUCAACAAUUCUUUCCCUCAUAGCCAGGGUCCCAGUAUUGGCAGUUUGUUCCACAUGGCAGAUGAUCUGGGCCGAGCCAUGGAGUCACUGGUCAGCGUGAUGACAGACGAGCAGAGCGCCGAACAGCACGAGGCCCUGCCCUUCUGAUCCCGCCCCAUCACCCCCUAACCUUCACCCCUAUGUCCUACCCUUCCUUCCUCCCUCUCCUCUGCCCCCUCCCUCCUUCCCUCCUUCCCUACCUGUCGCAUGCUUUUCUAGUCAAAACAACUGGAUUGGAAACACAGUUUACAAAGAGAAUAUAUAACGUCUAUUUUUGUGAAGGAUUGCGGUUCCAGCAACGACGCGUAAAAGAACAAAAGAAAAACAUUAUAACUUGUAGAUUUCAGUAGUUUCUUAAAACGUCCUGAAGUUGUUUUAUUAUUAACAGAGGCUGGUUUUUAAACUUCUAUGCAAUUGUAUAAAACAAGAGUGGGGUAGGGGUGGGGGUGGGGGGGGGGAAAGAGAGAUGAGAUACAAAUAAGUGUGUUCAGUGUGGUCGCCAUCUCUUUGUAACCGGGGAAACAGCUCAAAGCAUUUCAGACAUUUGUAUCAGAAAAAGAAUGAUUGUAAUCAUAAGGGUGCUUUCUAAGAGGAAAAUGUCUUUCUAUAACAGCGUACACUACUGUCAAGGUAAUGCAGGCAUCCUGGAUCUUUACAGUACGUUGUCUGUGAGACUGUGUGUGAGUGUGUGUGUAUAUGUGUGUAUGUGUGUGUGUGGUGGUGGUGGUGCCUAAUUUCCACAUUUUUUUUUUUUCUUUUGAGCUUUGGCUGACAAACCUCAUGUUAUUUUUCAUCUCUUCAUUUAUCCGUUCAUCCGUCCAGCCAUCCAUCAAUUUGUCCAUCCUCCCUGUAUUUCCGUCUCUAUGGCAACCGUUUUUUAUCCCUCUAUUUGUUUGCUGCAGUGUACUGUAUGCAUAAGUACACGCUGUAAUACAGCCCGAUUCAGAGCUGAAACAACAACUUGAGGCACGUCAUCUGACAUCAUUGUUUGGAUCAUAAACAUAAUUAGUGCAAUUUAAAAACAACACACUGUAAUCUUUUGUUUAUUAAGUCAUUAAAAAUAAAUAAAUCUUUGGUACUGGACAUGCUCAGACUAUCCUGAGCAAAGGUCCUUAGUAUGGUAAGACUUUACUGAAUACUACAUUUCCCAUAAUGCAACUUAAUACCGUCUUUGGUGCCUGGUGAGUUCCCACAUCUUUUAAAGUCCAUGCAUCUGUUUUACAGCACAGACAAGAUAACCCUGAUGACAUCACUAUGACAUCAUGAGGGUUAUUUUUCUCAGCCUAUGGAAAGCUCCCUCCAGAGUCACAGAAGAUAUUAAAUAACUGUUUUCAGAUUAAGUCUUACUCCCCAUGAUGAGUAAACUAAUCUUCAUAUGAAAAAUGUGUGAGUGCCCCUUUAAUUUUAAAGCUACAGUGCAGUGUUUUCAUGCGUGACUUCUCUUUGCAAAUGUUUUCUGAAAAAGGAAUUUCAUUCCACACAUUUAUUAGGCCUCAAACACUGAAUGUUAUUAUAAAUAUACAGAUGCUACACAUACUAUGAAACAGAAGUGUGCUCUCUAACCACGCCCAACAGUGAUGUCACUGUGUCCUGGGGUACACUUCAAAUCACUGCAGCAGAUUACGACAUGAGACCACUGGAGGUCAGCAGAAACAAGAUGUCAUGAGAGUGUUAAAGAAGUCACAUGGUGUCACAGCAUGCACUCUGGUCUGAUCGGUAUUAUCUGACCAUCACAAGUUCUUUGUCACCUUUUGUAGAGAGAAACUGACGUUUAAAACGGCAUCUUUAAUAUCCAAACUAGAUAUCAGUUGUGAUAUGUAAAGCUAAAUAUUUGUUGUAUCAAAGCUGCCAAUAUGUAAUAAUUAGUAUUUUGAAGGUCCAUUAUUUUCAGCUCUGCGUCGGGCCUCGACACAAUCCUUCAGAGAGAGAGAAACGUCCUGAUUGUUGCACUGGUUCAUCUGAAGUAUCACUGAGAUAGUUUCUGUGUAUUUUAGGGCCUGUUGAGUACACACAGUACACUGUGUAUUGGUCUCUAAGUUGACAGUAUCUGUACUGUACUAGAACCUUAGAAGAAUGUUAUUUGAAUUGAUUCUGAGCACUACAGUGUUACAAGGCUGCUAGCUGAGCUUAUUUUCGAGGAACUCUUCUGUUUUCGGCAGAGAAAUGUUGAGUUUUAGGAAGCCCGCUAACGUAAGCUCUACCUCGUGUGAAUUGUCAAAGUCCAGAGGCAAUUUCUCUACUGUACUCGACCCCACGCUCCUCUCAGAUUGUUGAUCAUGAAUUGAUUAUUGCUGGCUGAUUGAUUCAUGUCAGAUAUCCUGUACAUCGCUCCGUACACUGCGCUGUACGAGCCUGCGAUCUGAAUGUUGGGAUGCAUUCACUGCAUUGACUCGUAUAAGAACCAUCAGUUACAAAUCAAAUGAAUCCGUGUGCACUACUGUCAUACCUGGAACAUGCUAGAUAUUUGUUUUGUGUGUGGAGGAUGCGUUUAUUCUAGCAGUGUGUUACAUUUUGUCUUUGGUUAAGCAGCUCUUUUGUUUUGUGCUGUGUGAGGUGUUACGAUAUUAGCAUGUGUGACUAAAUAAACUCCAUCCUUAUUUAAUGUAUAACCACUCAGAGAAGUCCGUGGGUGCAUCGCGGCGUUAUACACUCGUGUGUGAGUUUUUGGCAUCAUUUUCUUUCAGCAUGAUCCAAAAGGCUUUUUGUUUUCUGAUCCAGACACUGAAUUUGAUUUCUUUUGUUUUUCAUUUCUAACGUUUGUGUUUCAUUCUCACAUCAUUUUUCAAAUAACGCGUCAAUACUUCACAACAUAUCAGAUUCCACCAAAUAUAUGCCUUACUACUGUAUUAUAAAAUGCUUUACUGUAUAUCAAUAAAGCACGCAGUUAUGU